UCUUUUGAGUUACAAAAUAUUCUCAAUAUAGAUGAAACUCCUGUUUGGUUUGACAUAGCAGGGAAUGUUACAAUUAAUGAAAAAGAACAAAUUCCUUCUGGUAUUAUUGUCUGGUUUCAAAAGAAUGGAUGGAUGGAUACUAGUUUAAUAACAAGAUAUAUUGAUUAUCUUGAAGGUGAAAGAAAUCAUGAGCAUAAAACCUCAGCAAUGAUGGUAUAUGAUUUGUUUAGUAGAUAUUUGGAAGAUUCAGUAAAAAAAAAAUUUUGUGAGAAUGGAUAUGAUUUAGCAGUAAUUCCUGGUGGCUUGACUAGUAUAUGCCAACCACUUGAUAUUGCUAUAAACAAACCUUAUAAAGACUAUCUUUAUAAAGAGUGGUAUAUUUGGAUGUCAAAAGGUGGUGCAGGUAAAACUACUAAGGGAAAUCUUAGACGUACAAGAAUUAGUGAUGAAAAUAUUUCUACUGAAAUUAUUAUUCGGUCUUUUGAAUAUUGUGGUUUAUUGGGUAAUUCAGAUCAUAAUAAGGAAAAUGAAGAAUUAGAAGUUAUUGAUUUAA